CACACUACCACACUUGACCGGGUUCACUAGGUAUUGCAGCAUCCCACCAAAUCCAACCCGCUUCCAUUUCCAUUUCCUAGGAAUAUCACCAAGGUUAAAAAACGACAUUUCAUGGUAACAUCCUAAUUCUCUGCUGUCGUUAGCUGGGGCAUUUCUUUGAGUCGAACUUGAUAUCUCAAAGAACCAUGGCGUCUCCGGAUCUCGUAGAAGCUAUUGGGAAGCUUCAAAUCGCAGGCGAUACCAGCAUCGACGAUAUCCUCUUCCAACAAGGGCCCCGCAAGCGAUUAAAGCAGGACCCGGCAGCGCUCAAGGCAGAACUCGAACAGAAAUUCCUGACUCCCUCCAAUACUUUCUCUACCGAAUGGCUCAACCGUCUACAGCAACGAUGGGACUGUCCGACCGAUCUCACCGAACUCUUUCGCAUUGCGCCGACCCAGACCCGAACUGUUACACGGUUCCAGCGCCAAGGCCUCGAGGGUAGAGUGACGGGAUACAAGAAUGUCACUGUGCCUGCAAACAGUGCCACAGCCAAGAACUCGACCUCCUUAAUGCGUAAGCCUGGCAGCCGUGUCGAUUUCGUUCGUGGAGCUGCAGGUUUCUUCCCUUUCGCGCCAGGUGGUUUGGAGAGCGUCGAGGCGACCGCCGCCAUAGAGGAUCAGAUGGUGCGCUCUGAAACUACCGGCACACGGAAUAAGUUAGAGCGAGUCAUCAAGCUCGGUGCCGAGGGCGGACUUCUCGAGGUGGCCCCUGGUAUGGAGAGAGGCAUUGACUUUACCAAGAAGAAAUCCAAGGUCAACGAGAAAGAAGCCAAGGCAAUCGAAGCAGAACUCGACCAGGAACCUGAACAAGAGCCAGAGACAGAGGAGGUUAAUGGACAUGUAGAAGCUAACGGUACCGAAGAUGAACCCGACGAGGAAGAUUCCGAAGAUAUUGAUUCGCUCUUACCAGUCGAGUUUCCAGCUUUGGAGCCGCAUAGUAAUCUUGCCGCGUCCAGUGCAAGGAAGGCCGGCCGAGAAUGGGCUCACAUGGUGGACAUCAACCGCGACAUCACCAACUUCAGAGAGCUCGUUCCUAAUAUGGCUAGAGAGUGGCCAUUCGAGCUCGACACCUUCCAGAAAGAAGCCAUCUAUCAUCUUGAAAAUGGUGACUCGGUUUUUGUUGCUGCGCAUACAUCAGCCGGCAAGACUGUUGUGGCCGAAUAUGCUAUUGCGCUAGCUGCGAGACAUAUGACCAAGGCUAUCUACACAUCACCUAUCAAAGCCUUAAGUAAUCAAAAAUUCCGAGAUUUUAGACAGACCUUCGACGAGGUUGGUAUCUUGACGGGCGAUGUUCAGAUCAACCCCGAAGCAAGUUGUUUGAUCAUGACUACCGAAAUUCUAAGAAGUAUGCUGUAUAGAGGCGCCGACUUGAUUCGAGAUGUAGAGUUUGUCAUCUUCGACGAAGUUCACUACGUCAACGAUUUCGAGCGAGGUGUAGUUUGGGAAGAAGUUAUCAUUAUGCUCCCAGAACAUGUGUCACUUAUCCUUCUCUCAGCCACUGUUCCAAAUACGUACGAAUUUGCAUCCUGGGUUGGUAGGACCAAAAAGAAGGAUAUAUACGUUAUUUCAACUCCGAAGCGACCUGUACCCUUGGAACAUUUCCUAUGGGCUGGCAAGAACAUUUACAAGAUCGUCGACAGUGAUAAGAAAUUCAUCGAAAGAGGUUGGAAAGAUGCAGACCAGGCGAUACGCGGGAAGGAUAAGGUUCUUCCGGCACCCGCCGCUCGUGGUGGUGGAAAUCAGCGAGGCAAUCAACGAGGAGGCCCUCAGCGCGGCGGUCAACAACGCGGUGGCCAGCGAGGUGGUGGGCAACAAAGAGGCAGAGGAGGUCCCCCUAGAGCUAGCCAUGCGCCUGGACAUAUGGGUCGUGCCGGGCGACCGGGCGGCUUUUCGUCGGUCAACCAGGACAAGAACUUAUGGGUUCAUCUCGUGCAAUUCUUGAGAAAGUCUACUUUAUUGCCCGCUUGCAUCUUCGUCUUCUCCAAGAGGAGAUGCGAAGAAAAUGCAGAUGCAUUGAGCAACCAAGAUUUCUGCACCGCUCAAGAGAAGAGCCACAUCCACAUGAUUAUCCAGAAAUCAAUUGCUCGUCUACGGCCAGAGGAUCGAGUUCUACCACAGAUUAUUCGUCUGCGCGAACUCUUGAGCCGAGGUAUCGCGGUACACCAUGGCGGUCUCCUGCCGAUUGUCAAGGAAAUUGUUGAGAUUCUGUUCGCUCAAACGUUGGUCAAGAUUCUUUUCGCAACAGAGACCUUUGCUAUGGGCCUGAAUCUACCGACAAGAACUGUCGUAUUUUCCGGCUAUAGAAAGCAUGAUGGUCAUUCGUUCCGAAACCUUCUCCCCGGCGAAUACACCCAAAUGGCUGGCAGAGCUGGCCGUCGUGGUCUUGACCCCGUUGGAUCCGUCAUCAUCGUACCUCCUGGAAGUGUAGACGAAGCGCCUCCUGUGAGCGACCUUCAGAAGAUGAUACUAGACCCGCCUAGUAAGCUGCGGUCUCAGUUCAGAUUGACGUACAACAUGAUCCUAAACCUGCUAAGAGUGGAGGCGUUGAAGAUUGAGGAGAUGAUUAAGCGCAGCUUCUCUGAACACGCCACCCAACAACUACUCCCAGAGCAUGAGAAGGCUGUCAAGGUUUCUGAAGCCGAUUUGGCCAAGGUGAAACGAGAGCCAUGUAAAAUUUGCGAUGAAUCUCUAGAAGCAUGUCAUCAAGCUGCAAUGAACUAUAAACAGUUGACCCAUGAACUCUACAAAGGUCUCCUAACUAUACCCAUUGGCAAAAAGCUAUUUACACAAUCACGAUUGAUUGUGUUCAACAAGGACGGUGUACGAACUCCAGGAAUCCUAUUAUCAAACGGUGUCAGCACGAAAAUAUCGGGAGGCGAGCCAACUGUACACGUGUUCGAGAUAAGGACCGAGCGCGAAACUCGCAACGAGACAGAUCUGCUGCCUUUUAUAGAAUCAUUCAGGUUCUUACUAACAGCCAUGCCGCGCCAGAGAAGGUCGAUGCUUUCACGAAUCGUACAUGUUCCACUUAGCGACGUUGAAUGUCUCACGGGCAAAAUCACUACUGGAAUCGUGCCCGACUUCUUCGAGCAGGGAGAGUCGCGUCAGAAAGCAAAAGACCAGAUGAUGGCAAUCUGCAAGACCUGGGAUUCGGAUAUAUGGAACGAGGUCAGCUUUGCUAAGAUCAAGAACUUGCCGUUGCAGGAGAUCAUCGGGAAGCGCCGACAGGAAGAGGCUACCAUUAAAGUUACCGCGACUACUUAUUGUCGGAACUUUUUGAAGCACUUCGCCAUGUGUCAUGAUCAGUGGCUUAUCAAGGAACAUAUUUCAUCUCUUCGUUCAGCGCUCGCCGAUCAAAACCUCCAGUUAUUACCAGAUUAUGAGCAGCGUAUCCAAGUCCUAAAAGACCUUUCGUUCAUUGACGACGAUACACGCAUCCAACUCAAAGGCAAAGUCGCAUGCGAGAUCCACUCAGCCGAUGAGCUCGUCCUCACGGAACUUAUCCUCGACAACGUCCUCGCAGACUACGAACCAGCAGAAAUCGCCGCUCUGCUCUCGGCCUUCGUGUUCCAGGAGAAAACCGAAUCAGUGCCCAACCUCACGGGCAGCCUCGAGCGCGGCAUGAAGACAAUCAUCGAGAUCAGCGAAAAGGUCAACACGGUGCAGACGGACCGGCAGGUGAUCCAGAGCGCGGAGGACAGCAACGACUUCGUGUCGCGGCCGCGGUUCGGGCUCAUGGAGGUGGUGUACGAGUGGGCGCGCGGGAUGAGCUUCAAGAACAUCACGGACCUGACGGACGUGCUGGAGGGCACGAUCGUGCGGACGAUCACGCGCCUCGACGAGACGUGUCGCGAGGUCAAGAACGCGGCGAGGAUCAUUGGAGACCCGGAGCUGUACCAGAAGAUGCAGACUGCGCAGGAGAUGAUCAAGAGGGAUAUCACGGCCGUGGCUAGUUUGUAUAUGUAGUUUGGGCGUCUGUCUACGUGUUGUUCAUGGUUUCUAACCUUACCAUGUAUCUAGUCAGGGACCAAGGGAUAUGAUAAGGGAGGUUGUGCGUGUUGCAGUUGCUAUCGCAUUUAAGGACUCGGAAAAUUCAUGAUGGAGGGUAUGAUCAUGAGAUGAGAUGAACGGUAUAAUGAUGUUACUAUGAAUCAGACUUGCAAUUUGGUACAUUCCUAUCAUUUUUUUCAUGUGAUUGGUGAGUUUCUGUCUAUUUCUAGUAAUAGAAUAACACCUGGCAUGUGUUUUUCAAGGAGCGACGACUUCCUAAUCUGAGGUAGGUUAGGGGUGGGAGUGGUAAUUACCC